CAAAGAACAGCUCAGUUAGCUGGCCACUCGUUUUUUCUUCUAUAAUUCCUUUUCGUUCUCUCUUGGCCGAGAUCUCUCCACCACAGGUGGGAAAUACAGAGAGGCUGAAUUUUUUUUUCAAAAAAUUCAAUUUUGUGGUAUUCUGAUUCCGUUGAUUUCUACGAUUUUUUCUUAGUAGAAAUCGCCGCUUCAAGAUUGUUGGCUUGGGCCUUAGAUUUUUGCUUUCGUUGUUGAUUCCGUGUUCAUUUUCGUUGAGGAGAUCUGGGAAUUUUGUUUCUGCGACAGGUUGUUCGCGAUCCGAACUUGGUUUCCUUGAAGGCCAAGAAUUGUAGAUUCACGGGUUCGGAGUUCUUUUUUUCCUUUCGGGAGACGCCAUUGAUUCUGCAAAGAAAGAAAUAAAAGUUAAGAAGGGUUUAGCUUUCUUUUUCUCUCUCUUAUAACUGUCCGCGUGGCGACCGUGGUUGGACUCGUGUAAUGCUGGAGUCAGAGAUUUCUGAAACAGAGUCCAACAGUCUCUGUCUCAAAUGGCCGUCUUUUGUUUCUGAUACAGAUCGUCAAGAAUCGCAGUUCCUGGAGAUCUGAAGCCUUUUUGCCACCACUUCUUUCCACGCAAGAAAACAGAUUUGACUUCAAUUUAAAGAUGAUGAGAAUGAAGGAUAAACCGACAGACCUGUCUUCAACAAACGGCAGUGCAGCCGGCAGAGGCGGCGAGUCCGGGUCUGAAUGGGAGAUUAGACCAGGAGGAAUGCUGGUACAGAAGCGGAACCCGGAUUUUGAUAGGAGCUCCGCCCCAGCACCGACAAUUAGAGUUAGGGUCAAAUACGGGUCAAUCUACCACGAAAUCAGUAUCAGUUCUCAAGCUACAUUUGGGGAUUUGAAGAAAAUUUUGACAGGACCAACAGGUUUGCACCAUCAAGACCAGAAACUGAUAUACAAAGACAAGGAAAGAGAUUCAAAGGCCUUUCUUGACAAUACCGGUGUGAAGGACCGAUCAAAGAUGGUGCUUGUUGAGGACCCAAUUAGCCAGGAAAGACGGCUCCUUGAGAUGAGGAAGAAUGCGAAGACUGAGAAAGCUUCCAAGUUCAUAUCCGAGAUCAGUUUGGAAGUUGAUAGGCUUGCUGGCCAGGUGUCAGCUUUUGAAUCGAUUAUAACUAAAGGAGGGAAAGUAGCAGAGAAGGAUUUGCUUACUCUAAUUGAGUUAUUGAUGAAUCAGUUGCUCAAAUUGGAUGGAAUUAUGGCUGAUGGAGAUGCCAAAUUACAGAGGAAAAUGCAGGUGAGAAGGGUGCAGAAGUAUGUUGAAACUCUAGAUUUGUUGAAGGUCAAAAACUCCACACCCAACAGCAAUGGAGGUCAAAUCCCAAAGCAGAAUCAAAGAAAGUAUUCGAAUGGCCAAAAACUAGCCCCCAUCCAAGAACACCCAUUAAGACAUUCAAAUGGACAAAGACCAACACCAGUGCAAGAACAUCAGCAGCCAAGGCACUCGUUUGGGCAUGGGCCAAUACACCAACAGCAACAGCCAUUGAGGCACUCGACAUCGGGACCAGCUGUUGUAACCACCAAAUGGGAGACAUUUGAUUCGACGCCGGCAUUGAUACCGGCAUCUACAUCCACCUCAGCCAACAAUAAUUCAGUCCAGCCAAAGUUCAACUGGGAAUUAUUUGAUUGAGAUGUAAACUUUUUGUUGCUUUGUUUUGUUCGUUUCUGUGUGUAUGUGCUGGGUUUGUCUCCAGUUGGUUUGAUAUCUCCUCCAUUCUUUCCUGUAUUUAUAUUUAUUAGCAAUCCCUUUAAUCUGUCAUCAACUCCCUCAGAAAUAAAUGGGGUCACUAGAAUACCAGUUAUUAUGAAGAUCAAUCUGUUCUGUUGUUUGUUUUCUA